UAUAAAAAUAAAUUUCAUAAUCAUGAUUCUCUAAAGCCCCCAAGUCCCAAACCCCAGUUCUCAAACUUCCAUAUUAGUCUCGGAGCACUUUUGUUCGACAACCCCCCUUCCCCUCUCGACUCCAAAUGGGGUCGAAUGGCGUCUGGUGCAGUAAUUGUGCGAUAUCUCUCAGACCCCACGUAACUGAUGAUGCCAAAUUAUGUUGCUCUUUCUGUGGGAAGGUUGUUGGUGAGUGCAACUGGUCGGAGGAAGUAAUAUCUUUCGAUAAUGCAGAUCAACAGUGCAAGAGAAAAUUGGGAAUACCCGGAACCGACAGAGAUGACAACAUGCAUUUGAGAGAGGACGACAAGAAUGGAGAUACAACCAAGCAUAUGGCCAGCGAUUACAGUGAUUAUGAUGACUCGCACGGGUCUAAUAUAAUGAGUGGUGAAUCAGACACUUUUUCUGAUAUUGAUGAUCUUGAGAUUGAUAGCUACAUUCACAGUAAAAAGGAGCAGCACUACAAAAAGAUCAUCUGGGAAGAACUGAAUAGAGAAUAUAUUGAGGGGAGACGACAAAAACGAGCAGAAGUGGUUAGAAAUCCAGUAAUCCCUCGAAUUGUUAUAGAAGCUACGCGCCAAAUGCUAGCGAAAAAGACACUUGAAUCGAAAAUUAAUCAUGUCGUAUUGGACAAGCUUUUCAAUGAAUCAGAUGCCAAGACAAGCCGUUUUGGUGAAGGAGCUGCAAAGGCAAACCCAUAGAUUGACGGGAGGACUAAAGUGGGUUUAAAAGCUAAAUAUGAAGAAAGAACAGAGAAAUUGCUGAAGGAUAUGCUGGAGCAAAGGUGAAGUGGCUAUGUUUUGGCUGUUGUAUAGCAGGUCCUGAUUAAUGUAUGUAAUUUUAGUUUUGCUGAUUCUCGAUUAGUGUAUGUUAAAUAAUUAAAAUGCAAAAUUAUUAAAAAAAUAAAAUAUUAUUAAAAUGCAAAAUUAGUCCCCCAUAA